UAAAAAUGCAAAUUACAAAGAAAUUUGCUUGAUAAAAUAAUGCAUCUCGAGAGUAGUGAAAAAGAUUAAAUUCAACUUAAAUAACAUCACUUAGAGUAGCAAUAGAAAACAGAGAGUUUAUACAAGUCAAAUCUCAAAGAUGAUAUAUAAAAAAUAAAUAUUAGUUCAAAUAUAAUGAAAGAUAAUUCUAGCAAAGCACCUGAAAAGGAUGCAAUAAAAUUAAAAGCGAAAGAAGAGGGCUUUCUUGCGGAAAGCUCAUUACUCCUAAAUUCUGAAAGUGAUAUUAAAUCAAAUUAAUAAUCUCAUAGCUAAAGUCCAAUAAGAAAAUAGUUUGAUCAAAGUAUUUAAAGAAGUAAAGUAAUUGACAAUGAACAGUAGCUAAAUUAAUCAAUUAUAGGGAUUAAUAAUAAAAUUUCUACUUAGAGUAAAGCAAACUCUUUGAUCAGUUAAAAAUUGAGUGAGCCUUUGCCCCUUCUUGAAAAAGGGAAAUAUGAUGUAUACGAUUUAAAGCCUAAAAUUAUAAUUAAUGAACAAAAAUCUUCAAGCUAAAUGCAAAAUAAAAGAAAAAGGAAAAAAAAAGUAAUCAGCACUCAGAUUUAAAACUAGGAUUAGAAUUUAAGUGAAGAUUAAAAAAAGCAAUAGUUUCUCAAAAAGUAAAGCAGAUAUAGAUAUGUACCAGAUCAUAAAUGCGUUAAAAUAUCUGAUAAUCUUGAAAGGUGUAAUAUUUGUUUUGGUACUAUGUCUUCUGAGUAUUAUACUAAAUUUACAGAAGACAGCAUUAAGUAUCCAUACGAUAUAUGCUAUAUAGACUACAUACCCACAUUUAUUAAAAAAAUGGACAUUCAAAUCAGAGAAAAAGUUAAUUCUUACAAAAAGUUUUUAUAACUAUAUACUCUUUAAGACAUGAAAUAGUAUGCUUAUUAUGUUAUAGAUAGGGUGUCAAAAUAUUCAGGUAUGGAAGAUUUUCUUAGUGAGAAUAAGAGGAUACCAAAAUGUUUAGAAAAUUAUGAUUAGAAAGUUAAAUGUAGAGAUUUUGAUAAAAUCAUGGUCAUGGGAGAUUAUGAAAAUUCUAACAUAUUUUCUUGUAGUAUCAACAAAUCAAACGAUUAGCUCAUGGUUUUACUGAAAUCUGAUAGUAAUACUAAAGGAUGUGUGCAUUGGUUUUAAUUUACUGUGGUAGCAAAAGAGCCAUGUACUAUCCAAUUUAUUAUAUUGAAUAACAAACGAAAUGGUUAACACUAUAAAGAUGGGAUGAAAAUUGCAGUGAUGGAAUAACAAGAAGAAAACAAAAUUUAAACUCAAUCUUCAAAAUGCCUUUAAUUACGUCAAAAUGUUGUCAAAUAAAAUUGGUAAAGAAAAUCCGAAAACAUAUUUUAUUACAAGAGUAACGUAGACCAUGCAUUUUAUAGGCAGAAUACAGAUAAUCUGACAAAAGAAUAGCUAGAAAAAAAACAAUAAAAAAUUCAAAAAAGAGGUUACUAAACUCUAGAUUUUACUUACACUUUUGAGAAGGCUGGUUAAAGAGUAGUUUUUGCUCAUUCUUAUGCCUAUACCUUUACUGAUUUAUGUAAUUUCAUAGCUUCAAUUGAAUAAAAUCUUAAAGAGUAAGCUCAAGAUAAUUACGAAAAAGAAUAGUAAGUCUUAACUUAAUCAAGCUAGGACGAAACUAUUAAAAUUAGGACAGAUGACAUUUAUUAUAAAAAGAAAAUCAUAGCAAAUUCUAGACUUGGAUUACCAAUCUAUCAAAUAAAAAUAGCCACAAAUAAAAGAUAAGGUCCAUACAGAAAGAGAAAAAGAAAAGUAAUUUACAUAAUUUCCAGGUAGCAUCCAGGAGAAAGUCCGAGCAGCUUUGUUUGCCAAGGUUUAAUAUCUUAUCUUCUAUCAGACUAGGAAAGCAGUAAAUUUCUUAGGUAAAUCUACAUCUUUAAAAUAAUCCCCAUGGUCAAUCCAGACGGUGUUGUUCUUGGAAAUACAAGAUGCAAUUUAAGUGGAUUUGACUUAAAUAGAAAAUGGUAAUUCCCAGAUAAAAAACUAACUCCUGAAGUCUACUUUAUCAAAGAAGAUAUCAAACAGACUCAAUAAAAAAGAGAGGUUAUGAUGUUUUGUGAUCUGCAUGGUCAUUCCUAACUAACUAAUUUUUUUAUUUAUGGCUGCAACAAAGCAACAGAUGGAGGUACUACAGCAUGGACAAAGGUUAGACUUCUUCCACAUAUUUUAGCAAAGAGAACAGAUUUCUUUUCUUUGUAGGAGUGCAGAUUUAAGGUAACUGAUGAUAGAGUAACUACGGCAAGAGUAACUGCAUGGUAAGAAUUAGGAAUACCUUAUUCUUUUACUGUAGAAACUAGCUUUUAUGGAUAUCAGAAAAUGGUUUAUGAUGAGAAACUAAAUUAAAGUGUGAAACAGUUUUUUCAUUUUACUGUUGAAGAUCUUUUGAAAAUAGGUGAAACCAUAGGAUAAUCGUUUGUUGAAUAAGCUCUUACAUUAGAAUAAUUGCAGUUUGAAUUACAGCUUAAUAAGGGAAAUUUAAAUGCUAAAUAGAAAUAUUUGAUUACUGAUUUGGUAUUUAAUAAUAAUAAAGGCUAUGACAAUAUCAUAGAGGAUAAUAUGAAGAGCACUAAAGGUAGCUUGUAUAAUGCCAGCAAUAAUAAUACUUCAAAAAAUAAAAGUGAAGAUGGAUAACAAAGCUUUUAGCAGUCAAAUACAGUUUAAAAUUGUUUUUAAUCAACAUCAAGUAAUAUUAUUGGUAAGCAAUAUUCUGGAUAUGAGGAAGAUUAGCUAAAGAGGAAGACUACAGCUACGUUUAGAAGUUAGUCCUUAGGUAAGCAAUAAAUAUAAAAGAAAGGAGUUUAAACUCCGAACAUGAGUGAAAAAAAGAAAUAGUAAACACAAAGCUCUCAAGUGAACAGAGGAAUUACUAUAAAUUCAGAAGACUUGAACUCAGUUGAUACUCAAUAAAUAAAAAAUAAGUAGAAAAGGGCAUCAAAAAAUUAGUUGAAUAUAUUUACUAGCAGCAAUCAACUAGAUGCAAUUUAAGGAUAAUUGCAGAUUGAUAGUCAUAACGUAAAUAGUGAGAAUUAAUUUUAAGACAUAUUCCGCCCUAUUUUAUCUCAAUAGUAAAUUUUACAGAUAUGUCCUAAUAUCGAAAAAAACUGGAGGGACUACUUUGAGAAAAAAGAUUUAGAAAACAAUUUUAGGUUGAUCGAGUAAGGAGAAGACCCAAAUGAUUUAGAGAGUUUAGAUGGUGGAAGUGAUUCUGAGCCCGAAGAUGAUUUAUACGAAGAAGAUGAAUGGCCGUUUCAAAUAAAUGAAGAUGAUGAAUAUGAAGAGGAGGAUAAUACUAAGGAUCUAUAAAACAAAAAAAAUUAAUAGAGUAAUGAUGUUAAGAAACCAAUUUAAAUAUAGAGAAAAAAAAUAUUCUCAGUUCAUACUUAUUUAAAUCCAUAGUAAUAGUAGCAGAGAUACUAUUAUCCAAUUACUAAAGUUGGUUAAGCUUUUGAUUCGUAGCAAGCAAAUUAAAAUUUUCUUCCUAUGCCUAGUGCAAAGACUUCUGUUGAACCUGUUGCUUUAAUUAAAAAACAUUAAAAAAAAAAAUAAUUAGAAAAUUAAAAUAAAUCUCCUGAAUACAUAAAACCAUAUAAUAAUCCCUAAUAAAAUAAUGGAGGAAAUUAUAUUAAUUAAAUUUAAAAUCGUAGCUUUGAAUAUAACUAAAAAUAAUAAUCACAAUACUUUACCCUUCCUACUUAAAAUGAUAUUUUUUAGUAUGAAAUCGUAAACUCAAUUUAAAAAUAAAAUAUCUCCUUCAAAGAAUAACAAGCUGCCUUGAAGUAAAAAUAAAUGCUUCUUUAGCAAUAGCUGGCUUAAACUGAUUAAAUGUCACUGACUCAAAGAUAGAAUAAAACCUAUAAAACCUCUAAAAAUAGUGGCGUAAGGGAAAAAACGCAGGAAGAUGAUAGAUCUAAUCCUGCUCUAAAAGUUUUCAAUAUGGAAUAAAUAGAAGGAUUAGCUUUAACCAAAGCAGUAGUUGACAAAAAUUAUAAGACCAUCAUUCAAAGAAAGAUAGAGUAAAAGCAGCUAAAGUAGCAAAAUGAAAAAAUUUAGAUUGGUUUACUUUAGUAGAGCAGGUAAAAGAAAUUGUAAGACGAGUAUGGGUAAGAGGGGACUUACUACUCUGAAGAUGAAACUAUUGUAAUUAAUAGUUAGUCAUAGAAUAAGAGCAGAGAUAGGUAAAAUAAUAGCAGAAUAAACUAAAAAAAUGAGAAAAUAAGAGAGAGGAAUAUAAGCAACUCUUCUGUAAACUAUAAUUAAAAGAGAGCUGAUUCAUCUAAUACUCAUAAUAAAGCUAAUUAGCUUUUAGAAGAUAUUUUGUUCUCUAAACCAAGCUAUCAUCAUCAUAAUUUAAAUAAUUGUAAUGUGAAGAAUGAAAACAGCAAUAAAAGUGAUUGUAAUAGCUUUGGGGAAUAAGAUUAGAUAAAACGGUCUCCAAAUAUUGAAUUUAGAAAUUCUUAUCGAACAAACAAACAAGUAUCUAAUAAGAUGGCUUUAAACUAAAAUUAAGAUGGAUAAAAUAGAGAGAUUUAUCUUUAGACUUACAUUGAAAAAGAUAUUUAACUUAAUGAAGAACAUUAAAAAAGCAACAAUAAUUUAUUUAAUAUGCUACAUUUAGAUGACACAGAUUAAACAGAUAAAGAAAGGAGAAAAGAAUAUAUUACCUCAAUAUAGUAGAGACACAAAUAGCUAAAUAAUAGCAAUAGCAAUUCAGCUUUUCAAAAUUUAUCUCACUAUGAGUCUUCACCUCUAAGGUAUGGAUAUGCACCUGAAGAUUAGUAUAAUAUUGAUGAAUAAAGUAGCAAAAAUAUUGAUUCUCACUCAAGUAAAAAUUUAAAGAAUAAAUCUAACAUCUUAGUAAAUUAAAAAGAAAAUGGUAACAAUCCUCUAUAAAUGAAGCUAAAGGAUUGUGAAUAAGUGAAUUAACCUUAAAAAGAGUUUUUAGAUUUAAAAACAAGCUACAAUAAGAAAGAUUAUUAUCAAAUAAAAGAAACUAACUCAUUAAACUUGGAUAAAAGCUUUCACUCUCGUAAGGGAAGUAGAAACGAUUUCCCCAUCAAGGCAUCUUCAAGAAUAGGUAGAAAUCAAUACACAAAUACCCAAUAAUUCAUAUAAAAUCUAAAUUCUAAUUAACAGUAAAGCCAAAUGUUUCCCAAUAUAUAGCAUCCUAAUUCUAAUAAUUUUAGCGCCUAAAAUGAACUAGAAGUUUAGCAUUCAAUUUUAAGUCAUUUAGAUAUCAGAAGAGCUAAAAAUAAUACCAAAAAUUUGUCAUCUGAUACAAGAAAUAUUUAAUUAAAUUAAAACCUAAAUAAUAAUAGUUUUAGCAUAGGCUCUGAAUACAAUAACAAUAAUAAUAAAAAUAUGAAUAACAACAAUAAAGUGAUACCAAAUAUAAAAUAUAAUAUUUAUGCAAAUAACAUCAACAAAUAAGAAAAAUCUUCAUUGCCUUAGUAAAGUCUAAGCAUUGGAGUGUAAAACAACUACUCUUCCUAAAUAAAUAACAACCACUAAAAUCAAAUUAUUUUAAAUUUAAAUAUGUUUGGAAAUAAUAGAAAAAUUAUCCCUGCUGAUUAAAAGAUAGAAUAACCUUCCUAAAAUAAUUUGUCUAGUCAUAAUUAUUCUUAAAUAAAAACAACGAGUUAAGUUAACAUUAAAUCUUAAGUUGGAUCACCUAAUUUAAAUAGCCCAUCUCCUCUCCUAGCAUUAAAUAACAAACAGAAUAAUAAAAACAGCAUAACUUUGAAUUAGCAAAUAUGA